CAAACAUCCGUUUUAACCUACUUUGAAACGUUCCCUAUUCAAUUUCUACCUCAAGCCUCAAAUAACUCUCUCUCUCUCUCUCUCUCUCUCUCUCUCUCUCUCUCUCUCUAACAAUGUCGAACGAUCCCUCCACCUCAUCCACCGCAGAAGAUCAUCAAGACACCAUCAGUUCCACCACCACCACCACCACCACCCCAACAAUUACCACUUCUGCCUCAUCAGACCACUCAUCAUCCCGCUCCAAAGCCCAAUCAACAAUCCAGUCCCUCUCAACCAUCCUCCCCUCUCUCCCUCCUUCCCUCGCCUCCUCCUCCAACCCUUCCCGCUCCCUCCUCCAUGACCACCACACCGCCUCCAACAUCUCCUCCCUUCUCCGCCUACCCGACUCCGGUGCAGGCGACAACAACCUCUGCCGUUGGCUCUACGACACCUUCCAAUCCUCCGAUAACGACCUCCAACUUGUGGUCCUUCGCUUCCUUCCCAUCAUUGCUGGUGUCUACCUCUCCCGCGUGUCUCUUCGUAUACCCAUAGCCGGCUUUGAGGCUGUUCUGUUAGCCCUCUACGCCCACGAAACCACCACACGUGCUAGCCAGGCCAUUACCGUCAACGUGCCUGACUUGUCUCACCCCAGCCUCUACCACGAAACAAAGGCACCCAUUAAGAACAAUUCGACAGGCCUAAACUUGGCAGUUAUAUCCCCCAGCUUGGAACCCUAUGGCACAGUGAGGUCCACAAGGAGGGCCAGGAUUGUUGGGGUUGCGCUUGAGUUGUACUACAGCAAGAUAUGUGAAAUGCCGGUGCAGUCUAAAAUCGAAUUUUGUGAGUUUUGUAGGGUUUGGGCUGGUCAAGACGGCGAAAUGUACAAGGAGAUGACUGGUAGUAGUAGUGGUAGCAGCAGCACUAAUAAACGUAAAGAAGAGGGUGGAAAGUGUGAAGUACAGGAGGAUGGAAAUGAUGAGAAUAAGGAAGGUGGUUCGGGAAAGGCUGCGGUGGGCGUGGGCAUGGGGAGAAUUCCACUGCCGUGGGAAUUACUGCAACCGGUUUUGCGAAUUUUGGGACACUGCCUUUUGUGUCCAAACCAAAACAAGGAGCUGAUUGAUAAGGCGAGCAAGGCUUGUACCAGUUUGUAUGCGAGGUCUAUGCAUGAUAUCAAUCCCAAGGCUAUUUUGGCCACUAGGAGUCUGCUUAGGCUGACCAACACGGCGGCCAAAGAUGAUAUUUUUGAUCCAACUGAAAUUCCUAAAUCUCGAGUUAUCAGUAUCUAGGUUGAUCUGCUACUGCUCUUCACAUCUUUAUCAUUACUAACUGUGAAACGUUUAUAAUUUAGGACAAUAUAUAUCCAAUGAAUAAUCCGAAACUCAUAUAUAUGUUCGUUUCGUUUCUUUCAGUGAUUUGAAUAUAUAUAUGUUGUUAUCAUAUCCAAUUAAUUCAGGGUUUCAGAUUAUAGUUAGUAAAUUGUUCUAGGUUUUGAGGGUUACUGGAUGAGAGUAGUUAUUAUAUAUGUUGUUAUCGUAUCAGAACCAGUGUGUGCUGAAUCACUAAGGUUGGAGAACCUGU